UUCCCUCAGCGCUCUCCAUCGAUUCCUCACACUCGAUUAGCCCGGUCUGUUCGGGGGAGACAGGGAAAUGAGGAGAGAGAGUGGGAACGCGGAGGCGCCUCAGAGCAGCGAUAAAACUACGAAAGUCUUGCUCUCCCCAGUGACUCAUUGGCAGCAGAGAAGCAGCUGUCCUCUCUCCUCUCCUUGGCUUUCUCUCCUUCUUCGCUGUGCUACAGAACCCGAUGUGACAAGCAGGUUUUGACAGAAGCCCAGACGUCGAAUCUGUGAUAUGAGCCAUCUGACCUAAGGAGGAGUGAGAAACUGCACGUUUUCCCCCCUCCCUUUCUCUCUCCCUCUCUCUUUCAAGCUGCUUGCUCAGUCUUUUCCCUUCACUAUUUCACUCUCACUCUCCCUCCUUCUCUCUCUCUCUUUCUUGUUCCCCUCUUGGUGACAGAAAGCUGUGGCCCAGCUGUCAAUGUGCAUCUGGGCAGACCUUUGCCUGACUCUCAGACACGGCAGGCGUCGCUGGCACUUUCGAGCCAAGUGGAGCGAGUGAGUGAGAGAAGGGAGGGGGAGGGAGAGAGAACCUGAGGGCAAUCCCACCUCUGUUUGCAUUCAAGAAGGGAUUACGGAGGAGAAGAGAAGUGGACGUGAAACAAGGAGCCGAGUACCUAUCAGAGGAAAGCAGUGGAUCUUUGGUGUGGUGUAUGGAGCCAGGGCAGGUCUGAUGCUGUGAGAGGUGUACCAAGCUCAGCUAACCAACCAAUUCACUGGCCAUCAGCCCAGCGCUCUGAACUGACUCACGCAGCCACCUGAGAGAGAGAGAGAGAGAGGGGGAGAGAGAGAGAGAGAGAUAACAGAUAUGGGUGUCCUGGUGUGUAGUGUGCUUGUGCUGGCUCUUGUUGGUCAAAGCCAUAGCUACAGUGUCAGAAACCCACUGGAUAGGUUCAAAAGAUUUGAGGAGGCAGCGUGGUCUGACCCAAAUGACUGCUCCCAGACUAGGCAACCUUUCGUCCUGUCCAACCCCUACAACUUCUCCCUGGACCUCCGCAUGCCCAGGGUUGUCCCAAGAGAGUCGGAUUCUUACUACUGCUUGGCUGUGCCUGUGCCCACAUCAUGGGAGGCCUAUGUAGUGGACUUUGUGCCUCAUGCCUCCAUGGACACGGCCCACCACAUGCUCUUAUAUGGCUGCAGAACCCCCUACUCCACCAAAGGCUACUGGGAUUGUGGAACAGAGCAGGGCACCUGUGAGGAUGAGGCCAAGAUCAUGUAUGCCUGGGCCAGGAAUGCCCCUCCGACCAAACUCCCUAAAGACGUUGGCUUUAAAGUUGGGGGAGAUACCAGAAUUACCUACUUCGUGCUGCAAAUCCACUAUGGUGACGUCAAAAACUUUAGAGAUCACCAUAGAGACUGCUCAGGACUUACUCUAAGAAUGACUUCCAAACCACAGCCCUAUAUUGCUGGCAUGUAUCUGAUGAUGUCUGUGGAUACAGUCAUCCCUCCAGGAAAUGCAGUUACCAAUGCAGACAUUGCUUGCACUUACCAGUCGUACCCGAUACACCCUUUUGCCUUCAGGACUCACACUCAUCGCCUUGGCAAAGUCGUUAGCGGUUACAGAGUUCGAAAUGGACAGUGGACAUUGAUUGGGCGUCAAUCCCCGCAGUUGCCACAGGCCUUUUAUCCAGCCAGCAAUGACGUUGAAGUGAAAUAUGGAGACAUACUAGCUGCCCGCUGUGUUUUCACAGGAGAAGGAAGGACCACUAAAACACGAAUCGGUGGUACCUCCAGUGAUGAGAUGUGUAACUUCUACAUCAUGUACUACAUGGACAACAAGCAUUCCGUGCCUUACAUGGACUGCAUGGACCACGGCAACAGCAACCUGUUCAGAAACAUCCCGAAUGAAGCUAACAUCCCAAUCCCCGUCAGCCCAGACCACAAGAUGUCUAUGAUGCAUGGCUCUGCUCAUAAAGACGGCGAGGAUGACUCAGUGCUCCAGCAGCCGAAGAGGGAGGAGGAGGAGGUUCUGGAUCAGGGGGAGAGGGAGGACAUUGUCCAUGUGCAUAAGUAUAACCCCGCAGAGGCAGCCAAGGCCCAGGCGGAUCUGGUGGCUGAAAUUGAUAGCAUAAUGCAAAAGAAAGACCUUGGCUGGCCCGGGCCCAGGCUAGGCUACAAACAGAGGGAAGAUGCAGUUCUGGUGAGGGACAGAGUGCACAAGUUUCACCAUUUAGAGUCCACUGUCAGGCCUCCGGGGACCAAGACAGUACCCACCAGACAGCCGAGCGCAGGGGUGGCAAAGGCCAAAAAACAAGGGGCCCAUUUGGAGGAGCUGGAUGGCUGGCCAGAGGUUGAGCUGCAGCUGGGCCAGGUGUCUGGUUUGGCUCUGGACUCUGAUGAUAACCUGGUCAUCUUCCACAGAGGAGACCACAGAUGGGGAGUCAACUCUUUUGACAACAGUGCAAUAUACCAGCAAAAGUCCCUUGGCCCCAUUCAGCAGUCAACAAUUUUGGUGGUGGAUCCAGUCAAAGGCAAUGUGCUCAAGGCCUCAGGGAGAAAUAUGUUUUAUUUGCCACAUGGGAUUACCACAGAUAAGGACAAUAAUUAUUGGGUGACUGAUGUAGCUCUUCAUCAGGUGUUUAAACUGAGCAAAGAUGAGAAAGAGAAGCCGCUGCUGGUGCUGGGUGAGGCUUUUAAACCAGGCAACGACAGGAGCCAUUUCUGCCAGCCUACUGAUGUGGCUGUAGACCCUGAAACUGGCAACGUCUUUGUGUCUGAUGGCUACUGCAACAGCAGGAUCCUCAAAUUCUCACCAGAGGGCAGAUAUCUCUCUGACUGGGGAGCAGGCUCAGUGGACAGGCGACGACGUGUGCCAUUCCAGAUCCCCCACAGCCUGGCCUUUUUGCCGGACAAGCGUGAGCUGCUAGUGGCUGACCGAGAAAACGGUCGUGUUCAGUGCUUCAUGGCUGACACCGGCGAGUUUGUGAAGGAGAUCAAGAGAGACGAGUUUGGAGGAGAGGUGUUUGCUGUGUCCUACGCACCUGUACAUGGUGGGCUAGUCUAUGUAGUGAACGGAGAAUCUCCAUACGGCCACUCUGCUCCUCUCCAAGGCUUCGUACUCAAUUAUUCAACCAAUGAGAUCCUGGACACGUUCGCCCCGGACACACAGAAGUUCAAAAUGCCUCAUGACAUUGUUGUCACAAAGGAUGGGAGUGUCUUUGUUGGGGAUGCUGCUGCAGACUCGGUCAUAAAAUUUGUGCCAUCUGAAAGAGCAGAGCAUCGUUCAGUUAAAAAAGGAGGAAUCGAGGUGCAGGAAAUUGAAGAAACAGAGACGUUCGUCCAGGCCAAUUUGAAGCCCAUCCACAAGCCGUUGGAGCAGUCACCCAAGGCCACGGUGCAGAAGCUCCCAGAGGUUCAAGAGAAAAAGCCAGUUCCAGCACAACAGGAAAAGACUCCAGAAGAGAAGGAGAAAGAGAAAGGGAAGAUCGCGAACAAGGCCAGUGCUCAGGGUCUGUCUCCUGGAGUAAUCACCACUCUGCUCCUGCUCCUCCCUCUGGUGCUGGUCAUCGCCAUUGGUGUCUUCAUCCGCUGGAAGAAGAGCAGGAUGUAUGGAGAUGGCCAUGAAGUGAAACUGGAGCCAUCAGGAUCCUCAGGAGGACUCCUGGGUAAACUCAGAGGCAAAGCUGCAGGGACCUUAAACUUGGGGAAUUUCUUUGCCACCCACAAAGGGUACACACGGCAGGGCUUCGACCGACUUAGCACAGAGGGCAGCGACCUGGAGAAGGACGACGAGGACGCCACUGACUCUGAGAACGAGGAGUAUUCAGCCCCGCCUCCUCCGGUGUCCGCGUCCCGAUGAGCCGUUCCAUUUCAAAGCCGUCCGCCGUCCCCCAACGCUCGAAACGUCAGGAUGUACUGCAAUCAUAUAUAUAUAACUGUUUGUAUUGGCUGCCAAUAUAUUUUAUUUAUUUGUGCAAAAACCUUUUUCUCAUUAGGGAUGUUUGACUGCCACUUUAAUUUAUGAUUUUAAGGGACCAUUUAGAGGAGCAAAACACUGGUAGGCUUAAGCAGAAAUCUUUAUGGUUAUUUUUAAUGGAAGGGGAGGAACGAGGUAGAAUUGUUUUCAUUUUUUUUUAUUAUGGUUAACAAACUUCUUCCAGUAAUUUAUCAACUCGAUGGCUCUUUUAUGUUUUCAGGUAAUUGGUCCAAACAUUUGUUUGAUCUCCUAUCUGUACAUUUGUGCCUUUUUGAUUCUGUAUUUUUCGCCUUCUGCAGCACCUAUAUUACUACAAAUGUGCCACUUAUUUCAAAGCGCUGCUACUGUCACCUGUAUUUUGAUUUCUGUUGUGCCGCAUUCAGAAAAGAAAGAAAAAAAGAUUAUGAUGUAUCUAAAUCUGUAUUUACUACAUUUUUCCAAGCAGGAUGUGAGAUGUGUCUGAUAUUUGUUGUGACAUACUGAGGUUUUAUUGCAAGAAUACUAUUUUCAGUAACAAUGUUAUUUGUGUAAUAAAGUGUCUGCAAAGCAUCA